AUGCCUAGGCCGUCGGCGUUGGCGUCGCAGGUGACCGCGGCGACGGCACUGCUGCUGGUGCUACUCCUGAUCGACGGCUGCGUCGCCGGGACGCAGAAGGUGGGCGGGCUGGACGCGUGGGCGGUGCCGCCGGCGUCAAGGCCAGACUUGUAUCUGCGGUGGGGCAAGUCCGCCCACGUCAGGCUCGGCGACUCCCUCAUGUUCCUGUACCCGCCGGGCCACGACGACGUCGUCCAGGUCACGGCGCGGGCGGCCGCGCGCUGCAGCGUAAAGGCGCCGCUGCACAGGCUCGCCGACGGCAACUCCGUCUUCAACCUCACCGCGCCGGGGAGGGUGUACUACACCAGCACCCUGCCGGGACACUGCCGGAAGGGGCAGAGGCUGUCGCUCGACGUGCCCGCGGCCAACGGGACCUACCUGCCGCCGUCCGCGGACGACCUCGCCGCGCUCGCCUCGCUGGCCAAGCUGCCGCCGGCGGCGGCGCCUACCAAGGCCCUGCCGACGUUGGCUUCCCUCGACGACGAUGACUCCGGCGCCGCGCCACCGGCUGCCCGCGCAUCCGUUCUCGCUGCUGCUGUUGCCGCUCUGUGCUUUGCUCUACUCGUGUACAAGGAAACGUAA